CGUGUAUUUUCACAUAUUCAAGAUAUUAUUAUCCCUUUUGUUUUGACGGUAAUGAGAUAAAGAGAGCCGACUGAUUGUAUCUUAGGUCCGUGUAGAGAAGAUACACAUUGAAAGGUGUCAAGAAUCUUGUCAUGGGAGCUGCAUCAUCUAGACAAUAUUCAAUGUAAUAGAGCACACUGACAUAAACUAUAUUUGGAUUUUCAUCUUUCUUGUUAACGUUCUUGUCUUGUCUGCUUGUAAUGUUGUUGUUUUUUCCAGCAGAUGCUCUUUGGACUCGGACAAAAGUCACAAAACAGAUAUUAAACAAAUUAAAGAAGUAAAAAGACAACCAUGCCUAGUUAACCACAUUCUCGGACAUUGUUUCUCAUGAUUAUAAUAUUAUUUGGUAUAGAAAAAGUCUUUUUACCAUAUUAUAUAUAUAGAGAACGGACGAAUAUUCGAAGGAACAGAGUCGUGAGAUGCUCAGGCCAUUGGGUAUCUUCUUAUCCAAGUAACCGGGAAAUGAUGGUGCAGAGGAAACUCUCUGUUAAAACUCUCUCCAAGACCAAAAACUUUGUCUCUCCCAAGUGUUCUCAAAGGCUAUGGAGGAAGAAGCAGCAGCCACUAGUCAGAUACUAGAAGAGAAACUCUACGUUGCAGUUGGUAGAGAAGUGUGGAAGAACAUAUCAAAUCUCAUGUGGGCCUUACAAAACUCCCAAGGAAAGAAAAUCUGCAUCCUUCAUAUCCACCAGCCAUCUCCAACGAUUCCUGUCUUGGGUACAAGAUUCGAAGCUUCAACGGUAGAUGAGGAAUCAGUGAGAGCAUACCGAGGCAAAGAAACGGCGAAAACAGACAAGAUUCUACAAGAGUAUCUAAGUAUUUGUUUGAAGAAAGGGGUACAGGCAGAGAAGCUGUGUGUGGAGAUGGACUCAAUUGAGAAAGGGAUUGUUGAAGUGAUAUACCAGCAUAGGAUCAGGAAGUUUGUUAUGGGAGCAGCUGCUGAUAAACACUAUUCCAUAAAAAUGGAGGAUCUCAAGUCCAAGAAAGCAAACUUUGUCUGCCAACAAGCGCCAGCUACUUGUCAAAUACAUUUCACCUGCAAAGGAAACCUUAUCCAUACAAGGGAAGCUAGAGUGGAUGAAGUUAGAGCUCUCUCUGUGCUCUUGUCUGAUUUUCAGCGGCUUGUAUUGCCACAAAUAAGGUCUGAUGAGCAAAAUAACACAUCCUCCAUGGAUAUCAUCAGCUCUGAGGUCUUACUAAGCGAUAUUCAAGAGGAACCAAAUGACUCAUCUUCUCUAGCUUUCCCGUGCAGCGGGAUGGGACUGAACAUGAUGAACUUCCUAAUCAACUCCACCAAGCUAUGGCAGAAGCUCACAAUCCAAAACCAUGAGCAUUGUGAAUGA